AUGAAUUCAUUGAAAGUCUUCUUAACACUCCGAAAUCAACUGAACAACUUCCUCAACCAAAAAUCACCUGAAAAAGAACAACUUCCCGUACAUAUUUCUGAUGCAAUUGACCAGAUGAGACCAAAAAUAACUAUGUUACAACAUUGGCAGAACGACAAAAUCACAUUAUGUGUAGGUGGUAAAUGUUUCGAUACAACCAAAUCCACUUUGAUGAAGGAACCAACUUCCCUUAUAUCUAUACCAUGCGGAUUGUACUCCAUUUACCAAGAUUCCAAGGUGAUCAUUGACAGGGACCCUUCACACUUCAAGUUCAUAUUAAAUUACUUACGAUAUGAUUGUAGGAUGCCAAUUGGAUGCUUACCCAAUGAUAAACAAGUACUUCAUGAAUUAAAGGAAGAGGCAGAAUUUUACAUUUUACCAAAACUAGUCAAAGCAAUUGAUGAAAAACUUACCUCAUUAAAGAAGUAA